AGAUUGAGAAUGGCGCUUUCCGGUCGGGCGGGAGGAGGUGACGUCAGGAGUGGUGGCGGGCGGGGGCCUCUGGUAGCCCUGGGGACGCUGUAUCUGUGGGCCCUUCACCCGCGUCACAAAUCAGCGACCGAACUCUGGCGGUGGUGGCUGAGACGGCGAAGGCGGCAGCGGCGGCGACAGCUCUGGGGUUUGCGUCUCGGGGUGUGUCGGCCGCCGCUGCUGCUCGGGCCUGGUAUGUACAGAUGGCUGGUUAGGAUUCUCGGCACCAUUUUCCGUUUCUGCGACCGGUCGGUGCCCCCUGCCCGGGCCCUCCUGAAGAGGCGGCGCUCAGACAGCACUCUGUUUUCUACAGUGGACACUGAUGAAAUACCAGCCAAAAGACCAAGAUUAGAUUGCUUUAUUCACCAAGUGAAAAACAGUCUCUACAAUGCUGCCAGCUUAUUUGGAUUCCCAUUCCAGCUGACCACAAAGCCCAUGGUAACUUCUGCUUGUAAUGGAACACGGAAUGUGGCCCCUUCAGGAGAGGUAUUUUCGAACUCUUCAUCUUGUGAACUGACAGGUUCUGGAUCCUGGAACAACAUGCUGAAACUGGGUAAUAAAUCUCCUAAUGGAAUAAGUGACUAUCCAAAGAUCAGAGUGACAGUAACCCGAGAUCAGCCACGCAGAGUCCUGCCUUCCUUUGGUUUUACUUUGAACUCAGAAGGCUAUAAUAGAAGACCAGGUGGCCGUCGCCAUAGCAAAGGUAAUCCAGAGAGUUCUUUAAUGUGGAAACCUCAGGAACAGGCUGUAACAGAGAUGAUUUCUGAAGAGAGUGGCAAGGGUCUGAGGCGUCCCCAUUGUACUGUGGAGGAGGGUGUUCAAAAAGAGGAAAGAGAGAAGUACCGAAGGUUAUUGGAACGACUUAAAGAAAGUGGUCAUGGAAACUCUGUCUGUCCUGUAGCUUCAGGUUAUCACAGUUCUCAAAGAAGUCAGAUGGACACAUUAAAGACCAAAGGCUGGGGGGAAGAGCAAAAUCACGGAGUCAAAACAACUCAGUUUGUUCCAAAACAAUAUAGACUUGUUGAAACAAGGGGACCUCUAUGUUCAUUGAGAAGUGAAAAGAGGUGUUCAAAGGGGAAAAUUUCUGAUACGGAGAAGAUGAUCGGAAUCAGAUUUGAAAAUGAAAGUAGGAGGGGAUACCAACUGGAGCCCGACCUAUCAGAAGAAGUGUCGGCCCGACUCCGCCUGGGCAGUGGAAGCAAUGGCUUACUCAGGAGGAAAGUGUCAAUUGAGACAAAGGAAAAGAAUUGCUCAGGCAAAGAGAGGGACAGAAGAACGGACGAUCUCCUUGAACUUACAGAGGACAUGGAAAAGGAAAUCAGUAAUGCCCUAGGCCAUGGCCCACAGGAUGAAAUCCUAAGUUGUGCUUUCAAAUUGCGAAUUACUCGAGGAGAUAUUCAGACAUUAAAGAACUAUCACUGGCUCAAUGAUGAAGUCAUUAAUUUUUACAUGAAUCUUCUGGUGGAAAGAAAUAGAAAGCAAGGCUAUCCAGCACUUCAUGUAUUUAGUACUUUCUUCUAUCCUAAAUUAAAGUCUGGGGGUUACCAAGCAGUGAAACGAUGGACCAAAGGGGUAAAUCUCUUUGAACAAGAAAUUAUUCUGGUGCCUAUUCAUCGGAAGGUACAUUGGAGCCUGGUGGUGAUAGACCUAAGAAAAAAGUGUCUUAAAUACCUGGAUUCUAUGGGACAAAAGGGCCACAGGAUCUGUGAGAUUCUCCUUCAGUAUUUACAGGAUGAAAGUAAGACCAAAAGAAAUAGUGAUCUCAAUCUUUUAGAGUGGACCCAUUACAGCAUGAAACCACAUGAGAUUCCUCAACAGUUGAAUGGGAGUGAUUGUGGAAUGUUUACUUGUAAAUAUGCAGAUUAUAUUUCUAGGGACAAACCUAUCACAUUUACUCAGCACCAGAUGCCUCUCUUCCGGAAGAAGAUGGUGUGGGAAAUCCUUCAUCAGCAGUUGCUGUGAGAAAACUUUGCCUGGUCCCUCUAGCUGCUGGUGGUUCUUUCACAGACAUUUCCAUAUACCUCAUGCAUUGUGGGUUAAAAAGUCCCUGCAUCACUUCUGUUAUCUCACAGGUACUGAGCUGUCAAAAGUGCAUGAAGGCCUCUCACUGCACCCUAGUCCUGACUUGGGGUGCAGAGGGCUGCUUGCAAUCCUGUUUGUAAGGCUGUGCCUGCUCAGAGCUUUGGACUGUUCAACCCACACAAGAACAAACGCUAACUACUAUUUUUUUUUAAGAGAUUCUUUUCCCUAUGAAUGUGGGAAAUGCAGGAUUUACUCUGUGAAUUGUUUGUUUUCUGUGUGUUUGUUCAGCGUAUUCCUUCACUCACUCGUUUGCAAAUAUAAUGGGCAGUGGUCAUUUGCUGCUGCUCUUUUACAGUUAGCUCUAAAUUACUUGUUUGAACUAUUUAUUUCUGAAAGGAAUGUUAAGCUGCCACUCCCUGCUGAAGACCAGGAGGGAACUUUCACUGGGGGCGGAAGGAAGUGGAGCUGGAGCAGUAACUGCCAACAUGAAGCUGGAGGGUUUGGGAUUUUGUUUUUUGUUUUUGUUUUUUUGAGGCUCAAAAAUGCUGGGAGAAAUGAAAUGCUGUGGAAUAGGGCUCCCGUUGCCUUUCAGAGGAAGUCUGACACUACAGCGUUGGCACAGUGCCAUGAACGGUGGAACUGUGCCCAAGGAACUCUGACGAUCCAAGCAUCUUCCGAAGAGAUGUGUUGUGGUCAUCUUAAAGAGACUUCCCUUUCUGGAAAUGAGGUGACUUGGCUUAGUCUUGAAACUGGAUUCAUGGAUUUGAAGUAACUGUAAACCCUAAAUCUUCAUUUUCAUCCCAGAUCUGGUUGAGUAUAAACCUCAGAACUGUAGGGCCUGGCCUGAGCUGUUUAAUUCAAAAGAUACUAUUCAAUUUAAAGCUAUUUUUCCUCAGAGUUUUUGUUUUCUAUAUAUUAAGCCUAAAUUAAGUUUUCUACUCAUUAAGACUGACAUCUCCCCACUCCAUCCCCACUGAAAUUUGUGGAAGAAAAUUUAGUACUUGGCUCUGAGGUUGCCAGUUAUACAAUAAUCUAUUUUGCAUAUGAAAGUUUGUAUUUAACUCUUUUGUUCAUUAAAAACCUUACUGAUGUGGUUAUAACUUCAGAAAGUUUAGAGUUGGUCAGAACGUAUUUUGCAGGAUCUAGUGCCUAGUGUUGCUUUUCUGAUGUAAUAAAAGGUUGUCUGGCAGAACCUAAAAAA